UCUCCCAACAGGAGAAAAACUAGCCAAAAAACGGUCACUACCGCCUUUUUCAUGUCGAAAAUGGAUUCAACCCUCCAGGUGCAAUAUAAUUAAUAAUUAGUACUUUCUCUACAUAGCACAAAGGGUUUAACCCCCACAUUCCAAUGGAAUCGAGAAAAAGGAAAGAAAGAGAAGAAACUACUUGAUCACAUACACAAAAAAGAAAAGAAACCAUCAAAAUUAAGAGGAGAAAAGGUGAAGGUGAAGAGAGACUAGGCAUGGAAGCUAUGAAACUUGGAUUGCUAUUUUUAUGGGCUUUUGUUGCGAUAUUUGCAACAACGCUGAAGGCACACAUUGCAGAUUUUGAUGAGUUGUGGCAGAAGCGAGCAGAAGAAGCCAGGAAGAAUGCCCUCGAGGCCUACCAGCCAGAUCCCGAGAAUGUUACCGACCAUUUCAACGUGGAGGUCCACAAGGCCUUGAAUGAUGCAGACGGCACAAGGAGAAAAUUAGGCGGCAAAAACCGGGGGCCAUGCAAGGCUACAAACCCAAUUGAUCGGUGCUGGAGAUGCCACAAAAACUGGGCUAAACGCCGCAAGAAGCUAACGAAAUGUGUCCUAGGUUUCGGUCGCGGGACAACAGGAGGCAAGAAUGGAAAUAUCUAUGUGGUCACAGAUCCAUCCGAUGGUGACCUUGUUAACCCUAAACCAGGAACCCUACGCCAUGCCGUCAUUCAGCCCAAGCCCCUUUGGAUCAUCUUUGCACACGACAUGGUUAUUAGACUCAGCGAAGAGCUCAUAAUGACCAGUGACAAGACCCUCGAUGGACGUGGGGCUAAGGUUCACAUCGCCUUUGGUGCUCAAAUUACCAUUCAGUUUGUAAGAAAUGUGAUCAUCCAUGGCCUCCACAUCCAUGAUAUAAAGGUUGGCUCUGGUGGCAUGGUUAGAGAUUCAGUCGAUCACUAUGGCUAUCGCAUUAGCAGUGAUGGUGAUGGGAUCUCAAUUUUUGGGUCCUCCAAUAUUUGGAUCGAUCAUGUUUCCAUGUCGAACUGCGACGAUGGAUUGAUUGAUGCCAUCUCGGGAUCCACAGCCAUUACCAUCUCCAACUGCCACUUCACCCAUCAUAACGAGGUGAUGUUGUUUGGUGCAAGCGAUGGAUUCAGUGGAGAUGAAGUGAUGCAGAUAACUCUUGCUUUCAAUCACUUCGGACAGGGAUUGGUACAAAGGAUGCCUAGGUCAAGAUGGGGGUUUGUCCACGUUGUCAACAACGACUACACCCAUUGGCUCAUGUAUGCCAUUGGUGGCAGCCAACAUCCUACCAUUCUUAGCCAGGGUAACCGGUUUAUAGCUCCUCCAAAGGCAUUUUGCAAGGAGGUGACGAAGAGGGAUUAUGCACCUGAGAGCGUGUGGAAGACAUGGGACUGGAGAUCAGAGGGUGAUUUGAUGAUGAAUGGAGCCUUCUUUGUUCAAUCUGGAAGACCAAUUAAACAUAUGCGCAAGAACGACAUGAUCAAAGCAAAACCAGGCUCGUUUGUGAGAAGGCUCACCCGCUUUGCAGGCGCUCUCAACUGCUUCAAGCAUAAGCCAUGUUAACCAUACCAAAUGCAACAUAGUAUAUAAUAUCUGUACGUAUGGUGUAGAAACUUAUGAACCCUGUGAAUAAACAGAGGUUUUAGCAGUAGACAACUUAGUGCAAAUGGAAAUAACAUUUUGGGUGGAUGUUUGAGAAAGGCAGAGAGAGAGAAUAAGGGAAUUGUGGGAUGUAUGAGAAGGAAGAUUGGCAGUCUGCAUUAAAAACAAAAUGUCAAUUUCUUAUUUUUAUUGCCAAACUAGUUUUUUUUAGAAGUCAAAUAACAAAUAUUUUGGUUUGAUAU